AUGGCCCCCGAAACCGCAAAGAGCCAGGAUAUCUCUCCCGCCAUUGAGGAGGAUACUGCUGUGGCCGAAUUGGACAUGAGCUCAGAGAAGAUUUGCUUCAGUCGGUACAACGCACCUUUUUGGCAGGUUGUCGUGGUCAGCUUCGUCGCCUUUGGCUGCCCGGGAAUGUACAAUGCGCUCUCUGGCAUUGGAGGAGGUGGCCAGCUGGACACAACCACACAAGCCAAAGGCCACAUCGCCCUGGCCUCGGUCAGCGCAGCCGGCAACAUCUUCAUCGCCCCCGUCGUCAACAAUAUCCUCGGGCCGAAAUGGACCAUUUUCAUUGGCGGAGUGCCUUAUGUGCUUUAUGCAGGGUCUCUGCUGGCCUUUACGCACACCAACAACCAGGCCUUUGUGGUCGGUGCCAGCGCAAUCCUGGGGAUUGGCGCAUCCCUGCUCUGGAUCUCGCAGGGCUCGAUCAUGACCGGCUAUCCUCUGCCGCACCAGCAGGGACGCAUGAUUGGCGUUUUUUGGAUCAUCUUCAACCUGGGCGGGUUUCUCGGCUCGAUGGUUUCGUUUGGGCUGAAUUUCCACUCCCAGUCUGGCACCGUUUCCGAUUCAACUUAUAUUGCCUUCAUGUGCAUCAUGGGUGCCGGCUGCUGCUGCGCGCUGGGCCUUCUCAAUCCAUACCAUGUGAUUCGGGAGGAUCGCUCACGCGCAGCGGUGGCCAAAAAGCCCAGCGUCUGGGGUGAAUUUGUGCAGCUGGCCAAGGUGAUCAAAGAUUGGAGAGUGGUCUCUCUCAUUCCUUUCUGGAUGGCGGCAAACUACGCCUACAACUACCAACAAAACUCGUACAACGCCAAACUCUUCAACAUCCGUACGCGCAGCUUCAAUGGCGGCAUGUACUGGCUCGCGCAAAUGGUUUCCAGUUACCUUUUCGGUCUUUUCCUCGACAACAAGUCCAUGAACCGCCGGCAACGCGGCCUCUGGGGGUUUGCAAUCACGGGGAUAAUCUCCAUGGUCGUCUGGGCGGGGGGGCUGGCCGCGCAGCUCCGACGUGGCCCCACGAGCGACUACUAUUCUCUGGGGGGGAUGGAUCUCCUCGACUCGGGCGCCAAAUACGCCGGCCCCUUUGUGCUGUAUUUCGCAUACGGGGCGUUUGACGCCGUCUGGCAGACCCUGGUCUAUUGGACGAUUGGCUAUCUGUCGCAUGAAUCACCUGAGCAAGCGGCGCGGUAUGUGGGGGCGUUCAAGUGCAUGGAGGCGGUGGGCAGCGCGAUCGCCUCCAAGGUCAAUUCCGACAAGACAAACUACAACGUUGAGUUUGCCGUCGAUUGGGCGUUUGUGGUUUUUGCGCUGGUCUGGGUGGCUCCGUUUGCGUGGUCAAUCCAGGAUACACCUGCACAUGCAGGGCAGGAGACGGCCUAUGCGAAGGAGGAACCUGGGGAAGAGCAGGCGAUCUGA